AUGGAGGACGCCGGCGUCCAGAGGGGAAUCUGGGACGGGGACGCCAAGACGGUGCAGCAGUGCUUGACUGACAUUUUCACCAGCGUUUACACCACCUGCGACAUCCCGGAGAAUGCCAUUUUCGGCCCCUGCGUCCUGAGCCACACGUCCUUGUACGACAGCAUUGCCUUCAUCGCCCUCAAGUCCACCGACAAACGUACUGUCCCCUACAUAUUCCGGGUGGACACGUCGGCGGCCAACGGCUCGUCGGAGGGGCUGAUGUGGCUGCGGCUGGUGCAGUCAGCACGGGAGCGGGAGGAGCAGAACCUGGAGGCCUACAUCAAGAGCGGGCAGCUCUUCUACCGCUCCCUGCGCCGCAUCGCCAAGGACGAGGAGCUGCUGGUGUGGUACGGAAAGGAGCUCACAGAGCUACUGCUGCUCAGCCCGGCCCGGGCCCCCGCCCGCAGCAACGGCUCUCCGCCAUUUGCCUGCCCUGAGUGCAGCCAGCGCUUCCAGUUCGAGCUACCCUUCGCUGCCCACCUCCGGUUCCGCUGCCCCAAGAGGCUGCACGGCCCCGACACCGGCCCAGCCACCGAGGCCCCCGGCGGCAAGGACGGCGCAAGCAAGGAGCAGGAGGCUGGCAAGUACUGCAAGCCCGGCGCCCCGCUCCACCACCCCUUCCCCGGGACCGACGGCGGCAGCGCUGCCGCUAGCACCAAGCCCUCCACGGACUUCCACAACCUGGCGCGGGAGCUAGAGAACUCCCGCGGCGGCCACGGCGGGUCCCCGGGGCGGCCGCCGGCCCCCGAGGGCGGUCCCGAGGCGACGGCCGGCAAGGGCAAGCGGCGGUACCCCGAGGAGGAGGAGCGAGGCCCAGGGGCGGUGGCACGGGGCCGCUUCCCGGCGGAGCGGCCGGGUCUGCCCUCGGCGCCCAAGGAGGAGCCGGUGUGCGCCCCGCAGCAGCAGUACCGGGCGGCCGGCUCGUACUGUGGCCUGGAGGAGGGCGGCCGGCUCUUCGCACCGCCCAGCCCGGAGACCGGCGAGGCCAAGCGCAGCGCCUUUGUGGAGGUGAAAAAGGCAACCCGCGGCCCCGAGCCAGACGGCGGCGGACCCGAAGAGGGCCAGGAGCGUGCUUCUCCCGCCGCCCCGGGGACUGGCGGCGGGGAGCCGGGGCUGUGCCCCCGCAGCGGACCCGGGGGGCCGCUGGCCGCCCGCCUGGAGGGGGGCAGCCCGGCGCGGAGCAGCGCCUUCACCAGCGUGCCGCAGCUGGGGGGGGCGGGCGGCGGGCCCGGCGGCGUAACGGAGGAGCGGAAAAGCGCCUUCUCCCAGCCCGCCCGCUCCUUCCCGCCCCACGUCCCGCCUCUAGUGUUGGGCCAGAAGCUGGGCGGGCUAGGCGAGCCCUGCCCCGACGGCGCCGCCGCUCCCGCCCGUCUCUACGCCGCCGAGGCGCUGGCCGUCAAGCUGCCGGGCGGCGGGGAGGCGGCUGGCGGCGGCGGAGGGGCGGCUGGCGGCGGCGGGGGGCUGCCCAAGCAGAGCCCUUUCCUAUACGCCACCGCCUUCUGGCCUAAGAGCUCGGCGGCCGCGGCUGUAGCGGCGGCGGCGGCGGGGCCACUGCAGCUGCAGCUGCCGUCGGCGCUGACGCUGCUGCCGCCGUCGUUCACCUCCCUGUGCCUGCCGGCGCAGAACUGGUGCGCCAAGUGCAACGCGUCCUUUCGCAUGACCUCGGACCUGGUCUACCACAUGCGCUCGCACCACAAAAAGGAGUACGCGCUGGAGCCUCUGGUCAAGCGGCGACGCGAGGAGAAGCUCAAGUGCCCCAUCUGCAACGAGUCCUUCCGCGAGCGUCACCACCUCUCCCGCCACAUGACCUCGCACAACUAG